GUAAAUCCGUGCGUAACGGGAAGCAGCUGCGUGCGCCGCCGCGGAAAAACACCCGUUUUCCAGCCGUUUGAUCUCCCUCCAUCCUCCCAUCCUCCCUCCAUCCUUCCUCCUCCUCCUCCUCUUCUUUGCCUCCUUCCAUCCGCAGCCCCGGGGCUUUGACGGUCCGCUGAACGGAUCAGGUCUGCGGAUCGCAUCGGGACCGGCGGGUUCGGGAUUGAUCUGGUUACCGGAGCGAGCUGCCCCCCCACCCCCCAACCGGUUGGAGCGUCGCAUCAGAUCCGCCCAGCAGAGAUGGCGAAGGCAGACCAGCGUUUCGGCCAGCGGGACGGCUCGGACCAGAACUUCGACUACAUGUUCAAGCUGCUGAUCAUCGGGAACAGCAGCGUGGGCAAAACCUCCUUCCUGUUCCGCUACGCGGACGACUCCUUCAGCAACUCCUUCGUCAGCACCGUCGGCAUCGACUUCAAGGUCAAGACGGUUUAUCGCAACGACAAGAGGAUCAAGCUGCAGAUCUGGGACACGGCGGGACAGGAGCGCUACCGGACCAUCACCACGGCGUAUUACCGCGGUGCCAUGGGCUUCAUCCUCAUGUAUGACAUCACCAACGAGGAGUCGUUCAACGCCGUCCAGGACUGGGCCACGCAGAUAAAAACAUACUCCUGGGACAACGCUCAGGUCAUCAUGGUGGGAAACAAAUGCGACAUGGACGAGGAGAGGGUCGUCCCCCCGGAGAAAGGAAAACACCUGGCAGACCAGCUGGGUUUCGAGUACUACGAGGCCAGUGCUAAGGAGAACAUCAAUGUGCGGCAGGUCUUUGAACGCCUCGUGGACAUCAUCUGCGUGAAGAUGUCGGAGCGCGUGGACGUGGAGGCGCCGGCGGCUCCCGGAUCCAAGACCACCAGACUGACGGACAAGCCCGCCCAGCUACCUCAGAAGUGCUGCUGA